AACUCCAGAAUUAAUUACUUUAUUUAUUUAUUCUUUUUUUUUUUUUUUUUGAGAUAGGGUUUUGCUCUAUCCCCCAGGCUGGAGUGUAGUGGCACAAACGCGGCUCAAAGUCCUGGGCUCAAGUGACCCUCCCAUCCCAGCCUUUCAAGUAGCUAGGACUAUAGGUGUGUGCCACCACACCCCGCUAAUUUUUUUUUUUUUUAAACAGGAUCUUACUUAAUUGUCCUGGCUGGAGUGCAGUGGUGCAAUCUUGGCUCACUACAACUUCCACCUCCUGGGUUCAAGCGAUUCUUGUGCCCCAGACUCCUGAGUAGCUGGGACUACAAGUGUGCACCACCAUGCCUGGUUAAUUUUUGCAUUUUUUAUUUUUUAGUAGAGAUGAGAUUUUGCUAUGUUGGACAGGCUGGUCUCGAACUCCCGACCUUAUGUGAUCUGCUCGCCUCAGCUUCCCGAAGUGCUGGGAUUACAGUCAUGAGCCACCAUGCCCAGGCUCACCUGGCUAAUUUUUUUUUAACUAUUCCUCACUGAGUUUUUGAGACUUUUUUUUUAAAGAAAAAGAGAGAAAUAAGAAAGACAAAAGAGAAAAAAGAAUGAAAGAGAGGAAGAAAGAGGAAGAGGGAGAGAGAACAGGAGUAUUGCUUUAUUGCUCAGGCUAGAAUGCAGUCUAAAAAUGGGUAUUGAAAACCUCUUUUAUGCCAAUAAUUGUGCUUAAUAAUGGAGACAGGAAAAAAUGAGGGAAGAAAAUAACAAACAAGUAGCCAAACAAUAUUUCAUUUAAACCUGUGAGUAGGUGUGAUGUGGUACUGACAAGAGUGUAUAUUUUGUGUAUUUAAAGUGGAGAGUUCUAUAAAUGUUCAUUAAGUUUACUUGUUCCGGAUCUGAGUUCAAGUCCUGGAUAUCCCCGUUGAUUCUCUGUCUUGUUGAUCUAUCCAGCAUUGAUGAAGUCUCUUUGUAAGUCUUAUGUAUCCGGGUGUUCCUGUACUGGGUGCGUAUACAUUUAGGAUCGCUAGCUCUUCUUGUUGCAUUGAUCCCUUUUCCAUCUUUGCCUCUUUGGAUCUUUGUUGCUUCAAAAUCCAUUUCAUCAGAGGUGAGAAUUGCAACUCCUGCUUUUUAUUUAUUUAUUUAUUUUUGCUCUCCAUUUGGUUGGUAAAUCCUUCUCCAUCCCUCUGCUUUGAGUCUUUGUGUAUCCUUGCAUAUGAGAUGGGUCUGGAUGCAACAUACCAAUGGGUUUUGGCUGUGUCAUUUGAUUGGGGGAUUUAGUCGAUUUAAAUUUAGGAUUAAUAAUAAUAUAUGUGAGUUUAUUACUGCCGUUUGAUGUUAGUUGGCUGUUUUGCCCAUUAGUUGAUGUAAGUUCUUCAUUAUGUUGAUGCUCUUUACUUUUCGGUAUAUUUUUGGAAAGGCUAAUACUGGUUGUUCCUUUCUAUGUGUAAUGCUUCUUUCAGAAGUGCUUGUAAAACAGGCCUGGUGGUGAUGAAAUCUCUGAGUAGUUGCUUGUUCACAAAAGAUUUUAUUUUUCUUUCACUUGUGAAGCUUAGUUUGGCUGGAUAUGAAAUUCUGGGUUGAAAGUUCUUUUCUUUAAGGAUGUUGAAUAUUGGCCCCCACUCUCUUCUGGCCUGUAGGGUUUCUGCUGAGAGAUCUGCUGUGAGUCUGAUAGGCUUCCCUUUGUGGGUAACCUGACCUUUCUCUCUAGCUGCCCUUAGUAUUUUCUCCUUUAUUUCAACCCUGGUGAAUCUAACGAUUAUAUGCCUUGGGGUUGCUCUUCUUGAGGAAUAUCUUUGUGGUGUUCUCUGUAUUACCUGGAGUUGAAUAUUGUCCUGCUUUGCUAGGUUGGGAAAGUUUUCCUGAAUAAUAUCCCGAAGAGUAUUUUCCAGCUUGGAUUCAUUCUCUUCGUCACAUUCAGGUACACCUAUCAAAUGUAAAUUAGGUCUUUUCACAUAGUCCCAUAUUUCUUGGAGACUUUGCUCAUUCCUUUUUAUCCUUUUUUCUCUAUUCUUGUCUCUCGUUUUAUUUCAUUAAGUUGGUCUUCGACCUCUGAUAUCCUUUCUUCUGUUUGAUCAAUUCGGCUGUUAAAACUUGUGCAUACUUCACGAAGUUCUCGUGUUGUGUUUUUCAACUCCGUUAAUUCACUUAUAUUGUCUAUUCUCGUUAGCAUUUCAUCAAAUCUUUUUUCAAAGUUCUUAGUUUCUUUGCAUGGGGUUAGAACAAGUUCUUUUAACUCCCAGAAGUUUCUUAUCAUCCACCUUCUGAAGCCUACUUCUGAUAAUGGAACGCACUCGUUCUCCAUCAGGCCUUGUUCCGUUGCUGAUGAGGAACUGUUAUCCCCUGUAGAGGGAGAGGUGUUCUGAUUUUGGGUAUUCUCAGCCUUUUUAGGCUGGUUUCUUCCCUUCAUUAUAAAUUUAUCCAUCUGUCGUCUUUGUAAUUACCGACUUUCUAAUUAGGUUUCUGAGUGGACGUCCAAUUUAUUGAUUUCCAGCGCUGGAAUCUGAGCAACCCACUGCGCCGGCUAAAACAGCGGCAUUAAGAUUGAUGGUGCUUUUCUGCCCUGGAAUUUCCGGUCUGGUUUCCUUCUUGAGUUCAUCCUUCAAUCAGCUGAAUAGGUGACUCUGCCUUCCCGGUGCUCCAAACGUCGGCCAAAAGGGGACCCAGUCCUGUUUACUCAGUACCAAGAACCACUGCGCCGAGGCGCCGGCCACAAGAGUCGCGCUGGCAACCCGUGGGGCUCCUCCGCUGGGAAUCUCCUGGUCCGUGAGUUACAAAAAUUCAUCUGAAAAGUGUGGCAUCCUCUUGUUCUCUGCAGUUACACUGGGAGCUACGAUCUCGAGCUGCUAAUGAUCAGCCAUCUUGGAUCGCUCUCCUACCUGGCUAAUUUUUUGAUGCUUUGUAGAGAUGAGGGUCGUGCUGUGUUACCCAGAGUGGUGUCAAACUCCUGGACUCAAACACUGUCCUGCCUUGGCCUUCCAAAGUGCUAGUUUUGUAGGCAUGGGUCUCCACACCCAGACCACCAGAAAUUUAUUGUUUCACAGUUCUGGGCCAGAAGCCUGAAACUGAUGUGUCUAUAGGGCUACGUUCCCUAUGAAGUCUAUAGGGGAGAAUCCGCCCUUGCCUCUUUCUAGCUUCUAGUGGCUUGCUGAUUAUCUUUGACAUACCUUGUGGCCUCACUGCACUCCCUGCUUUCAUAGUCACUCGGCACUUUCCUGUGUAUCUCUGUCUUUACAUGGCCAUCUUCUUAUAAGGACACCAGUCAUACUGGAUUGAAGGGCCCCUGUACUUCAGUAUGACUUUAUUUUAUGCAUUUAUUUUUUUGAGACAGAGUCUCACUCUGUCGCCCCAGCUGGAGUGCAGUAGCACAAUCUUGGCUCACUGUAACCUCCUUCUCCCAGGUUCAAGAGAUUUUUUUACCUCAGCCUCCCAAGUAGCUAGGAUUACAGGCGUGUGCCACCACACCUGGCAAAUUCUUUGCAUUUUUAGUAGAGAUAGGGUUCCACCAUGUUGGCCAGGGUGAUCUCAAAGUCCUGGCCUCAAGUGAUCUGCCUGCCUUGGUAUCCCAAAGUGUUGGGAUUACGGGUGUGAGCCACUGCUAAUCAGUUAAGACUUCAUCUUAACUAAUUGCAUUUGCAGUGACCCUAUUUCUGAAUAAGGUCACAUUCUGAGAUCCUGGAGGUUAGGACUUCAACUUAUGUUUUUGGUGGUGAUACAAUUCAACCCAUUACACCUGGGUCCCAUGGAUUGUGGAUUAAGAACCUGCCAAGACAGUCAGAGGGCAGCAUGGAGACCCUGAGACCAGAGGGUAUGAAACGAGUGCAGAGAAGGAAGUGGUAGGGAGACAAAUAGAACCCAUUUUGCUAUUUUGCCCAUAAAUUUGGUAGCAAUGAUCUCUCCCUGCAGAUUUGGGUAUAGGGACUUGAGUGACUGAUGGCAAUAGUUGGUGAAUUUCCACAGCUGAAGAUACUCAAGUUCUAGAUUGGAGUCGAGGCUACAAAGGGAAGUUCGUGGUUGUUUACAGGACACUCUCUACAGAUGUCAUAUGUUUGAAAAUGUCUGAAUUUUGUGCAUAGACACACUAGCAGUAUUUUCAUAAGUGGAGUUACAUAAUUAGGGCAUGGACUUGCAUAAUAAUUAGCAUGUAUAAUUAGGCACAGGCUUCUUGUCCUUUAGACAAUCAAGACAUCUAAUUACAAAAUUAAGAUGUAAUUAUGUGGUCCAAGGUCUGCAUCUUUUUUUCUACCCAUUAGAGAUUACAUUUAGAAAAUAAUUCCAAAAAGCUGAUGAAGAAAUGAACGUAGACGUCGAUUUGAUGGUGUUAAGGAAAGUGUUAAGGGCUGGUAAGUUUCCUUUGGUCUUUCCUCUCAGUUGUCAGGGGAAUUAUUUAAAACAUUAUAGUCCACUUGAAAGAAUAACUUUUACCAACUGUGCAGUCGACCUUCGGUACUCACACUAAUGAAGAGGAGUGUUGGUAUGACUAAUCCGUGGCAUUCACGCCUGGCUCCUGAGUGUCGUUUGUAAUCACACUUGAACAUGGACCUAAAUGUGAUGUACUGGGAAUUCAUUCAAACCUAUUAAUGCAGCCAUGCAGUGGAAAUCUUAGGACAGCUUGGGAUAGAGGACAUCCUGCCUUUCCAUUCUGCCCUGGUUCUCCCUUGUGACCACUUUAAAAAUCGACCCAUUGGCCAGGCAUAGGGGCUUAUGCCGUUAGUCCCAGCACUUUGGGAGGCCAAGGCAGGAGGACUGCUUGAGGCCAGGAGUUAAGACCAGCCUGGGCAACAUAGUGAGACCCUGUCUCUACAAAAAAUCUCAAAUACUUGUUAGGAAUGGUGGCACAUACCUGUUGUCUCAGUUACUUGAGAGGCUGAGGCAGGAGAAUCACUUGAGCCCAGGAGUUUGAGGCUGCACUGAGCCUCCAUUGCACUCCGGCCUGGGUGACAGAGAGACCCUGUCUCUAAAUAAAUAAAUAAAUAACACAUUGUUCAGAAUAAUGCAAACCAGCACCUAAGCUGUGUUGUCCUUUCCCUGGAUAUUUGAGUAUUUUUAUUUUAAGUGCUCCUUAUUGACUGCAGGUGGGAAAGAUCAAAGACUAUAGCAAAUACUCCGUCCUUCGAAAAAGAGCAAUUCUUAUAGCAGUAAUUGUUUGAAUUCCAAUACACAGAGAAAGCUAGAUUGUAGUGAUAUUCACCAUGUUUUUCCUUGCCCUUAAAUUGUGAUUUGGCUGAUCUCUAUGUGAUGCUAAACAACCAGUUUGACAUAUUAAUUUUGCUGAACUAACUGAACUUUUGACCUAAUUGGCUGCUGGUUAGGGAUCAGAGCCAUAUGUGCAGGUUUUUCUAAGCCAGUUCUGACUUUAACUGUGUUAUCCUUCUGUUCCUAUAAACUGUUGAAAUAACCGAGUAAUUCCAAUGUUUUGACAGCCACACUGCACUUCUCAGACUGCUGCUUUCUCCUGGAAAGUGGCACAGAAAUCUGUCGGACCACGCUUCCUGAUUUUUGGUUAAGAAAAUAUGCUUCCCAUAUGGUUGCAGGCCGAGAAAACAAAGACUUAAAGAGGUCAGAGCGGGGCAGUUGGACUACAUCAUCUCUAAGGCAUCUCCAACUCACAGGUUUCGGGAUACCUGGAUCUCCAGCCGGUCACUCAACAGGAGGUACUCCAUGUCAGCAUUCUCAAGACUGGAGACGUUAGGCAUCAGACAUCCCAAGCCUUCUCCUUUUAUUGGAAACUUGACGUUUUUCCGCCAGGGUUUUUGGGAAAGCCAAAUGGAGCUCAGAAAGCAGUACGGACCUCUGUGUGGGUACUAUCUUGGUCGUCGGAUGUUUAUUGUUAUUUCCGAGCCGGACAUGAUCAAGCAGGUGUUAGUCGAGAACUUCAGUAACUUUACCAACAGAAUGGCAUCGGGUUUGGAGUUCAAGUCCGUAGCCAACAGUGUUCUGUUUUUACGUGACAAAAGGUGGGAAGAGGUCAGAGGUGCCCUGAUGUCUGUUUUCAGUCCUGAAAAGCUGAACGAGAUGGCUCCCCUCAUCAGCCAAGCCUGCGACCUUCUCCUGGCUCAUUUAAAACGCUAUGGAGAUUCUGGGGACGCAUUCGACAUCCAGAGGUGCUACUGCCGUUACACCACAGAUGUGGUUGCCAGUGUCGCCUUCGGCACCCCGGUGGACUCCCAGCAGGCCCCUGAGGAUCCCUUUGUGAAACACUGCAAGCGUUUCUUCGAAUUCUGCAUCCCUAGACCUAUCCUGGUUUUACUCUUAUCAUUUCCAUCCAUAAUGGUCCCACUGGCCCGGAUUUUGCCCAAUAAGAACCGAGAUGAACUGAAUGGCUUUUUUAACAAACUCAUUAGGAAUGUGAUUGCCUUGCGGGACCAGCAAGCUGCCGAAGAGAGGCGGAGAGACUUCCUCCAAAUGGUCCUGGAUGCCCGACAUUCUGCAAGUCCCGUGGACGUGCAAGACUUUGACAUUGUCAGAGACGUCUUCUCCUUUAUCGAGUGCAAGCCGAACCCUUCCCGGCAACACCAGCCCAGAGCCUUGGCCAGGCCUUUGACGGUGGAUGAGAUUGUGGGCCAGGCCUUCAUAUUCCUCAUCGCUGGCUAUGAAAUCGUCACCAACACACUUUCUUUUGCCACCUACCUACUGGCCACCCACCCCGACUGCCAAGAGAAGCUUCUGAGAGAAGUGGACCUUUUUAAGGAGAAACAUGUGGCCCCUGAGUUCUGCAGCCUCGAGGAAGACCUGCCCUAUCUGGACAUGGUGAUUGCAGAGACGCUGAGGAUGUACCCACCAGCUUUCAGGUUCACACGGGAGGCGGCUCAGGACUGCGAGGUGCUGGGGCAGCACAUCCCCGCAGGUGCCGUACUGGAGAUGGCGGUGGGUGCCUUGCACCAUGACCCAGAGCACUGGCCAAGCCCUGAGACCUUUGACCCUGAAAGGUUUACCGCUGAGGCCCGGCAGCAGCACCGGCCCUUCACGUACCUGCCCUUUGGGGCCGGCCCACGCAGCUGCCUCGGGGUACGGCUCGGGCUGCUGGAAGUCAAGCUGACACUGCUCCACGUGCUGCACAAGUUCCGGUUCCAAGCCUGCCCUGAGACCCAGGUACCACUGCAGCUAGAAUCCAAAUCUGCUCUAGGUCCAAAAAAUGGUGUCUAUAUCAAGAUUGUACCCCGCUGACACAGAAGGCUGCCAGGGGAGGGAGGGCACCCCCAAAUUCAAAAAAAGCCCUAAGUGUGAAAAUUCAGAUUUUUGGGAAAAUGUCACUGAAGGGAUUGAAAGAGUCCUGGUGUGCAAGGAUAAAAGAAGUUAUCUGUGUAACAUUUCCUAAAUGCUUAAUAAACGUUUGUUGCGCUAGGUUUUGACAUUGCCA